UCUGUUUUGGUGGAAGUGACGCAGUUGGGCACAAGCAGGAGCUACUGUCGCCCCCUGCAGGACUGGAUGACCCGCAGCGAUGCAGGGAUACAGGGCUAUCCAGGAGGUCCAAUCGGAUCUGGGAACCUCCCACCAGGGGGGUGUGCUCAGUCUCAGGAAGCCUCAGGUUUUCAUUUGCAUCAGACAUUCGUGCUCUCCUUCAUUUAACUGGGAUCAGUAUCAUUUGAGAGGUCAUAUCACCGUACCUGGGUUUGAAAAACAAAACAAAACAAAAAACCAAACAAAACAAAACAAAACAAAAAAAACAUUCAAGGUUCAUGGAGCGUCACUGAGGUGGUUUUAGUCCGAGUCAUAUCAGACAGAAAUGGAUGACGACAGCAUCAGAAAUAUGAAGGAGUCGCAGAAUGGCUCCAAUGACCACAGUGUGGACCGUCGCACCGAAGACAAGCAGCCUGUGAAGGCCACUGUGCUUCAAAAAGAGGUUGGGCUGCUGAGUGGCGUCUGUCUGAUUGUGGGGACUAUGAUCGGCUCGGGCAUCUUCAUUUCUCCAAAGGCUGUUCUGCUGUACUCCGGAGCUGUGGGACCCUGCCUCCUCAUCUGGGCUGCCUGUGGCGUGUUAGCCACGCUGGGAGCGCUGUGCUAUGCUGAGCUUGGCACCAUGAUCACCAAAUCAGGGGGAGAGUAUUCAUAUUUAAAGGAGGCUUUUGGCUCCCUUGUAGCCUAUCUUUACUCCUGGACUACUGUCAUGGUGUUGAAGCCCUCCGCAUUCGCCAUCAUCACACUGAGCUUUGCAGAAUAUGCCUCCACCCCUUUCUACCCUGGCUGCACUCCUCCUUUUGUUGUUACCAAGUGUCUGUCAGUAGCAGCUAUAUUGUUAAUCGUCUCCAUCAACUGUCUGAGUGUCAGGCUGGCCAGCUAUGUGCAGAACUUCUUCACUCUAGCCAAACUUUUCAUUAUUCUUGUCAUAGUGGGCGCUGGCAUUGUCUUCUUGGUUCAAGGAAACACCGAGAAUUUUUCACACGCAUUCGAUGGCAGAUCAGCGUCCGUUGGAGCAAUCGGACUUGCAUUUUAUAACGGGCUUUGGGCUUAUGAUGGAUGGAAUCAACUGAAUUUUAUCACAGAGGAGCUGAAAGACCCUUUCAGGAACUUGCCACUGGCCAUCCUCAUUGCGAUCCCGUUGGUUUCUCUGUGCUAUGUGCUGGUCAAUGUUGCUUACUUCUCUGUUAUGACCUCCACUGAACUGCUGUUGUCUCCAGCUGUUGCCGUGACUUUUGGAGACAGAGUCCUUUACCCUCUGUCUUGGAUCGUCCCUCUCUUCGUUGUCUUCUCCACAUUUGGUUCUGCCAAUGGAAGCUGCUUCACUGCUGGCAGACUGGCCUAUGUAUCUGGUAGAGAGGGUCACAUGGUGAAAAUCCUAUCCUAUAUUAGUCUAAAGCACUACACCCCAUCGCCUGCUCUCAUAUUCAAUGGUAUUUUGGCUAUUUUCUACACUAUCCCAGCAGACAUAAACACGCUCAUUAACUACUUCAGCUUUGCUCAGUGGGCGUUUUACGGUCUGACAGCACUGGCCGUCAUAGUCAUGCGUUUCACAAGGAAGGAACUCCAUAGACCAGUGAAGGUGCCGAUUGUCGUAGCAGGCCUAAUGGUGCUGGUGUCCUGCUACUUAGUCCUGGCCCCCAUCAUUGAUAAGCCAGAGCUGGAGUACCUCUACUGUACCAUCUUCAUCCUCAGCAGUCUUCUCCUCUACUACCCUUUUGUCCACUGGAAGGUCAGCUGGGCACGCAAACUCAUGCGGCCCAUUACUAUAUAUCUCCAGCUGCUGAUGGAAGUAGUUCCUCCUGAGAAAACUGAAUGAGAAUGGACAGAACGGACAAGCAGGUCGACUUCUGACGCUUGUCGUACAACAUUCCAGUCCUGGUUCAGGAAACGGAGGGCUGGAAAUUUAGCACCCAGAGUUGGGUCAGAGCCUAAAAAUCAGAGCUCACUUUUGCUGAAUAGCUGCAUAACAAAAGUACUGUACUCAUGAACCUGUGUACCAGGGUAAGAUGAAAUCAUGUGUCAUUUGGGUUCAUUUGGGUUCAGGGCUGAAAAAAAAUGAGGAUUUGUGUUCCUAGAGUGUCCUAAAGGAACACCUCUGCUGGCAUUAAAAUGUACUACUGUAGAUAUUUAAAACAAGAGAGCCAGAUUGAACAUAUCCCGAUGAUAUCUUUCUCCACACGAAGAAAUAAAUCACUAACACAAACCUUCCUGCGAUCAUAGUUAGGUUACGACUGAAUGAUGUAUGGUAGGAUUUGACUUUACACAACUUUUACACAACUUUUUAUGAUGAAUAAAACCAGCACUUAGAGCAACACUUAAACAAUCACAUUAAAAAUGUCCAUUUUCCUUUUUUUUACUGUGCCAAAGAUCACAUAAUGUAGAGCUGCUACAGGAUUUAGAUAUGAAUGAAUCUGCACUUGAGCAAAGGGAAAUGGUCAACAUUUUAAAUGCAUUGGGGAAAUGACAUGUAAGCUCAGCAGAUCAUGCAACAAGAUCAAGAUGAAGAAACAUGUUUAUUUUGUUAUUGAUGUUUGUGCAUUGUUUAAUAAUGCUCUGACUCCUAUUUUUCACACUGGAAUAUCCUGGAACAGUGCUGCAUUGUGUUACCUGGCUUUUAUUAAAGGUAUUAAUCUUGUUGAGUGUGAAGUGGACAUGUGAAAGAAACAAUCUGUGAUUGCAGCAAAUAUCUCCACUGUGUCUU